ACCAGCAGAAGUGUGACAGCUGCUCCACAGAACUAAAAGAUACAGGACCUCAGAGCCUCUGGGAUACUUUCCUCUCAGAACUUUUCUCCUCAGAAUCAGUGGAUUAUUUAGGACAUCAGGUUCCAGACAAUAUGAGACUUCUUGUCCAGUCAGUGCUGUGCUGGUGCCUACUGGCUACUGUCGCUUCUGGAGUGGAGAGUGCAAAACUGGGCUUGAGCACGGAGAUGAAAAGGAGGUUGAACAUCUGGCUGCAGAACAGAAGUAGAAGAGAUUUAAGCAGCACAUCUGCAGCUGACAAGGCAGACUCAACACAGUUCAUAAGAGCAGAAGAUGUCAGAGACACCUUCAUUCCCCAUUCCAGCACAGACCUCAGCGUGCGGGUGCGGAGGUCGAAGAACUCUGUGAGCUCAGCACGGAGGCCGGGCUGCUCCCUGGGCACCUGCACGGUGCAUGACCUGGCACACAGAAUCCACCAGCUCAACAACAAGCUGAAGGUUGGCAGCGCCCCCAUGGAUAAGAUCAGCCCGCUGGGGUACGGAAGGAGAAGACGCUCUCUGCCCAGACUCCAGGACGUCCCGCGGCCAGCCUGGAGGACGGUGCGCGGGCUGGACGCACUCCUGCAAAGGACAUGAGGCCAGGGGUGCACGCGGGGGGGAGGGCCAGGAUCUGGCUGCCACUGAAAGGCUACAGGUGCCCCAGACUCCCGCCAAUGCCACAGAGCAGAGCCAGGGUGGCACUACACUCACCCCAUCAGCCCCAGGACGGCAGGGGGACAGGAUGGAACAGGACAGGGCAGAGAGAGGCGCAGUGGGGUGGCAGGAUUGGGUGCCGUGGAGAGGCUGGAGGGAUUUGUGUGUAUUCGGGGAACCCCUCAUUCCUGGGACAAUGAGACCUUACACACUUUUCUCUCUCCCCCAGCUCCGCAAGGAUUACCCACAAAUUUACGAGACACGGCCGAGUCUCCUCUCCCAUGACCUGGACACCCCACAGUCAAAGGGGAACACGAGCAAAGGACAAUGCCCGAUCCAGAAGAAGAACACCAGGAAGAUCUCACACUCUUCCUCACCUGCUGGAAGUCUCACCUUCCACACCUGCUCAGAGUAACUCUGACCCACGGGCCAAGAGUGGAGACACGGAAAGAAAGAGAGAAAGAGGACUGCAGAGCUAUAAGGCUGUCCAUAAACCGAGAGCGUGGACACUGUACGGGGGCAUAGCUCACAAUCUCUUAGAUAGCCUUGCAAAUCCAUUAAGGAUGUCAUACUUGAACUUGAUUUUUUUUUUAAAGAGAAAUGUGCAAUCUAUAUUAUAUAUAAAUAUUUUUAUUUUGAGUGUGUAUAUAAGUUAAAAUGUUAAAAUGUAACUAUUUAAAAUGUUUUAUAUCUGUUACUAUAUCUACUUAUGGAGAUCUAUUUUAUGAACUAUUUUUAUAUAGGAAAAAGUAUAUGGGCAUUGUAGCUUUUUUUGUUUGUACCGUUUGUAUUGUGCCUUGCUAAGUGGUUAAAACUGUGGUAAUGGAAAAAAAAUGUUUUUAUUGCUUUGUCAUAAUAUAUUAUAUUUGAAUAAGUGAUCUAUUCUAUUGGUUCCAGAGUAACACGGUCAAACAAUAAAAAUUUCCGUACGUAAAACCCA